CCAGCGCUUCAUCCACCCUCCUCCUCCUCAAACACAUUGUUCUGCGGCUGCCGGCGAGAAACCGGCUCCCCUCCCGCUGAUGCUGGACAACAAGCAGAGCCGCUGUCAGACAGACAGACACACCGUUUGACAGAUCAUCCAGCAGACCAACGGAGAUCACCUCCACCCGCGGUGUCUCACAUCCCGCAUCUCUUUGUGCGGGUUCGACUGCUCUUAAGGGGUGAAGACAAAGACAGAAAGACACGCUGGCGACCCGACGCGCGGACAAGGAGACGCUAUGAGUGGAGGCACGCGCCAUGGGAGCGGAGGACACGCGCUCAGGUAGCCCUGUGCUGAGGUGUGGAAGCUGGUGAUUGGUGGUUACCAUGGUACCCCGGCCUUCAUCAGGGGAGCUAUGGGGACUCCAUCUGAUGCCCCCGAGGAUUCUGGUGGACUGCUGCCUCCCCAAUGGUAUGAUGGUGAGCCUGGAGUGCCUCAGAGAAACUCCCCUCAUCAACAUAAAGCAGCAGCUCUUCAUCGAGGCCAGGAAGUAUCCACUCUACCACCUGUUGCAGGAGGAGUCAUGCUACAUCUUUGUGGGCGUGACCCAGGAGGCUGAGAGGGAGGAGUUUUACGAUGAGACACGAAGGUUGUGCGACCUGCGACUGUUUCACCCCAUCCUGAAGGUCAUCGAGCCGUUGGGGAACCGUGAGGAGAAGAUCCUAAACCGAGAGAUUGGUUUUGCCAUUGGGAUGCCAGUGUGUGAAUUUGAGAUGAUGAAGGACCCAGAGGUUCAGGACUUCCGGCGCUCGAUACUGAGCGUGUGCAGAGAGGCCAUGGAGGAGAGGGAGGGGGGUGGGGCGCAUACCCAGGCACUCUAUGUGUACCCCCCCAAUGUGGAGUCCAGUCCUCAUCUGCCACAGCACAUCUAUAGCAAGCUGGACAAAGGACGGCUCAUAGUGACCAUCUGGGUGAUUAUGUCUCCAUCAAACUCUAAGCAGAAAUACACUUUAAAGGUGAGCCACGACAGUUUACCAGAGCAGCUAAUCGCAGAGUCCAUCAGGAAGAAGAGUCGAUCGAUGCACCUGUCCCCUCAGCAGCUCCGUCUCUGUGUGCAGGAGUACCAGGGCCAGUACAUCCUUAAGGUCUGCGGCUGCGAUGAGUAUCUCUUAGAGAAUUUCCCCCUCAGUCAGUAUAAGUACAUCCGCUCCUGUAUCAUCGUUGGACGUCUUCCUCACUUAAUGCUCGUGUCCAAAGACAGCCUCUACUCGCAGCUUCCAGCCUCAGGCUUCGUCACGCCUUCCUACAGUCGGAGGACACCCCAGCCAUCUCCCUGUCCAGGUGGAGGUGAUGGAUCUCCUCCCCGCUCCCUCUGGGCCUUUAACACUCUGCUCAGAGUCCGACUGCUCUGUGCCACCUACGUCAACGUAAACAUCCGGGACAUUGACAAGAUAUACGUCAGGACAGGUAUCUAUCAUGGAGGAGAGCCACUGUGUGAAAACGUCAACACACAGAGAGUUCCCUGCUCCAACCCAAGGUGGAACGAGUGGCUGACCUAUGACAUUUACCUGGCGGAUCUUCCUCGUUCAGCAAGACUCUGUCUCUCGAUUUGCUCUGUGAAGGGAAGGAAAGGAGCGAAAGAGGAGCACUGCCCUCUGGCCUGGGGUAAUGUCAGCCUGUUUGACUAUAUGGAUAUCCUUGUCUGUGGGAAGAUGGCUCUGAGUCUCUGGCCCGUCCCUCAUGGCCUUGAAGACCUACUGAACCCCAUUGGAGUGGCUGGUUCAAACCCAAAUAAGGAGACCCCCUGUGUGGAGCUGGAGUUCUCACGGUUUAACCAGACAGUUGUGUUUCCUGAUGAGCAGCAGAUUGAAGAACAUGCUAACUGGACCAUCAGCAGAGAGCUGGGCUACAACUACUGCCAUGGACUGAGUAGCCGCCUUGCCUGCGACAGCAGCGUUUCAGCCACCGAUGCAGAGCAGCUUCGCUCCCUUUGUUCCAAAGAUCCUCUGUAUGAGCUUUCUGAACAAGAAAAGGACUUCCUCUGGAGACACAGACAUUAUUGUUUAAACAUCCCAGAGUCUCUACCUAAGCUGCUUCUGUCUGUCAAAUGGAACUCCAGAGAUGAAGUGUCCCAGAUGUACUGCUUACUGAAGGAAUGGCCUUUGAUGGAGCCAGAGUCAGCUCUUGAGCUGCUGGACUGUAACUUCCCCGAUCCAAUAGUCAGAGAGUUUGCAUUGCGCUGUCUGGUACAGGGCCUGACAGAUGACAAGUUGUCACAGUAUCUGCUGCAGCUUGUACAAGUAUUAAAAUAUGAGAUGUACUUGGACAACCCUCUGGCUCGAUUCCUCAUCAAGAAAGCUCUGACCAAUCAGAGGAUAGGACACUUCUUCUUCUGGCACCUGAAGUCAGAAAUGCACAAUAAGACAGUUUCCAGAAGGUUUGGAUUGCUGCUGGAGGCUUUCUGUAGAGCCUGUGGGAUGUACCUGAAACACUUGAAUAGACAGGUGGAGGCCAUGGAUAAACUGGUGAAUCUGACCGACACCUUGAAGCAGGAAAAGAAGGAUGAGACUCAGAAGACUCAGAUGAAAUUCCUGGUGGAACACAUGUCACGUCCAGACUACAUGGAGUCCCUGCAAGGAUUUGUAUCACCAUUAAACCCAGUUCACCAGCUGGGGAACCUCAGGCUGGAGGAGUGCAGGAUCAUGUCUUCAGCAAAGCGUCCCCUCUGGCUUAACUGGGAGAACCCAGACAUAAUGUCUGAGCUGCUCUUCACCAACAAUGAAAUCAUCUUCAAGAAUGGGGACGAUCUGCGUCAAGACAUGCUGACGCUGCAGAUUAUUAAAAUCAUGGAGAACAUCUGGCAGAACCAAGGGCUGGACCUGCGAAUGCUGCCUUAUGGCUGCCUAUCCAUCGGGGACCGUGUUGGUCUCAUUGAGGUGGUAAAGAACAGCUACACUAUCAUGCAGAUUCAGUGCAAAGGAGGCUUGAAGGGGGCACUGCAGUUCAACUCCAACACGCUUCACCACUGGAUCAAAGACAAGAACCACGGAGAGGCGUAUGAUCGAGCCAUUGACCUGUUCACCAGGUCCUGUGCAGGUUACUGCGUUGCUACAUUUAUUUUGGGUAUUGGAGACCGACACAACUCCAACAUCAUGGUCAAGGAGAACGGACAGCUGUUCCACAUUGACUUUGGCCACUUCCUAGACCACAAGAAGAAGAAAUUUGGCUACAAAAGGGAACGUGUGCCUUUUGUGCUGACUCAGGAUUUCCUCAUUGUCAUCAGUAAAGGCAUCCAGGAGUCGACCAAGACGAAGGAGUUUGAGAGGUUCCAGGAGAUGUGCUACAAAGCUUACCUGGCCAUCCGACAGCAUGCUAGCCUCUUCAUCAACCUCUUCUCACUCAUGCUGGGUUGUGGAAUGCCUGAACUGCAGAGCUUUGAUGAUAUUGCGUACCUUAGGAAGACUCUUGCAUUAGAAAAGAGCCAGCAGGAGGCACUGGAGUACUUCACAAAACAGAUGAACGAUGCUCAUCAUGGAGGCUGGAGCACCAAGAUGGACUGGAUCUUCCACACCAUCAGACACAUGCCCAACGAACACUGACACACAAAAACACUACUGAUACCAACACAACUAAACAUAUACAACACAGCCCCAGGCAUAGACACUGAUACCCAGCAGCUUUUUACGAACAAACAUGACAAACCCUCAAUGUUUCAGACAGACACAUCAAACAGUGAUUGAAAUCACAUAAAUCCAAAUAUGCAACCCAUCAGACAGAGGUAGCAAACAGAGACCCAUGUAUACAAGCACACAACCGAAGCACGCAUGUGCUUGUUUUCUGCACUAACCCAAACAUGAAGAUGAUAAUGAUGAUGGAUUUGUUCAAAUCAUUUUUUAUUUUUAUUUUUUGCUUCACCUCAUCAUGUUGGUGGAACAAUUGUCAUAGAAACACUAAUCUCUCAGGUGUAGAAGUCAGAGAGGUUUCAAAAAGUGCCAAAGGCAUGCUGGGAAAAAUAAAUUAAUGAUGAUGAUGUCAACAUGUCUACAACUUGAUGCAACAGUAGGCCAUCUUGCUCUACUAGCUGCAAAAUGAGUGAAACUCUUUUAGUGUAGCAAAAAAAAAAUAAAUAGAAUUUUAUGAACCAACUGCAGCUUUAUUUAUGCCUGGGAGGUGAACACUGUGGUCACUGUGAAAGCAAUAAAAAACCUCUGAUAAGAAAUCAGUACUUUGAUAUUGACAAUCAAGGAGUUCUGACAGAGGAGAAGGCAGAGCUGAGUCCUGUGCUGUGAAGCAGCUUCAAUUUACAUUGAUUAUUUUAGAUUUCUAGAUUUUCCAAAUAAAUGCAUAGUAUCUAAUGGAUCACAUCAGGAGGGUUAUGAACCUGGCUCUCAUUCUGUGACGUCAAAUCCUUAUUUUAGAUUGUAGAUAUCCUAACAGAAAUAGGUGACUCUUGAACAAAAGGACCAAUCAUAAUCACCAAAGAAAUGUAGCUGGGAAAAUGUAGUAAUGAGCUAGCAAAUUUAUUGUUCAAGGCUAAUUAAUUGUAAUCCAAAAUUACUUAUUCUUUUCUAUAGUUUGUCGAUGCUGCAAUCACAACUACUCUAAAUACGUUUCUGGCAAAAACCCAAAAACAUUUGAAAGUCCACAUUGUAUUUUGUUUGCAAAGUAAUUUAGCCACACUGGUUUUAGUGUGUUACAGUGAGAUCCUGGGUCACACAAAGAGUGUCCCCUACGAUUAUGUCCUUUAAUUGGUACCGAAAAAUUGUCUUCUGACGUCUGUUAUCUCUUCUAAUAAUUAAUGUCAUCAACAUGUGUAUCCCCUUACAUCAGCUGUGAAAAUCAGGGGAUAGAAAUCCGUGCAAACGGCACCAAUGUGCUUGUUAUAAAUUGAGAAGUAUCUGUCUAUAUUGAUUUUCUAAAAGAAAAUUAAAACCAAGUCUGCUAUUUCAGUUUCAUUCAAAUUAAAAGAGCUUUUGCCUUGUUAUAGCAAUCCAUUUCAUAGUGAGUAUGCGGAACAAUGCCGUUUAUCUGAACAAUGAGGCAACUCAGCAUUGUGCUUAUUUCAACUUGUGCAUCAACAGUUAGCACAUGCUCAGUAGUUACACCACUCUGGAAAGGCAGAGCAAAUUUGUACCUAUCGUCUCUGUGGUCCUAGCAAUAGUUGGUCUUAUUUAUAGAUGCAGCCAGCUCCCUGCCUGACCAUGAGAGAAGAUUGAUUUUUAAAAUAUAUUUUGCAUUCUUUGCUUGCCUAACUCUAGAGUCUCCAUGCUGCCUUAAAUCAAUUCAGUAGCCAGUGACCAUAAGCCCCAGGCGUGCACUGCCCUUAUUGCAUGUUGAAACCUAGUAAUGAUAUGUUUGACUGGACCUUUAAGGGUUCUUCUGUGUCCUCACACAUUCAUUUGUUCAAAACAAUAUAAUGCUACAACUUUGUUUGUUGAUCUUUAAAGUGGUGACUGAAGCUGCCUUGCAGCAUACAUUUUUUUUUUUGCUGUUAGUUACAAUGGUGAUAACCCUGAGCCAAAAAGAAUCAGCUUCCAGAUAUCAAAAAAUACUAAUCUAAACCCAAACUUACUUUUAAAACCACUAAUUCUGCUUCAUGGUGCAGACCUCAGAUCAGCUGUGAGCAAAGUCACAUAGAGUUUGUCAACAUCUCAUAUAUCGUAUUUAUCUUUAAGUUAAAGCAUCUUCUGCCUGAACAAUCAUUCAAACAUUGUCAUUUCUUGUUGAAAUAUAUAUUUACAUCUCUUGGUAUGUGGAUUUAUUUAGAUAAUUUAUCAAAUGUAGGUAAACCUGUGCAAGUUUUUUGUUACGUUGUUGAAAAUGAGCAUUCAUAUGUCAAAAGACUAUAAACGCAGCUAAUUACACAAUUGUGUUAAUUUUUUUGGUGUAAAAAUUCCAGCAAAAUUUGAGAAUGCUGAAUCUCUUUUUUUUCAUAAACUUGACUCUUUGUAUUUAUGACUUGUGUCAAAGUGUCAAUACUGAAAAGCACAUACAGCACAGUAGUAAAUACUUUCUAAUGAAUAAGAUACCAUCAGGAGGUUUCUCAGGUAAAUUCUAAAAUAACCUAAAAGCUACAACUCAUGAAAACAUUUUAGUAGGCUUUUACAGUAUUUUACAUUUUGUGAUAUACAAUGCCUGGCCAAAUAAGCUUUGAACAGCUCAAUUUUGAAAAAAACAAAAACAAACAAUAUAUAUAUAUUUAAUUUUACAAUUCAUUCUUCAAACAGCCAUGUCACAUUAGGUGACAGUUUAAGGACUGUACUGUUGGGCACAUUGUAUGUAUGAUGGUCAAAACUGAAUGUGGUGAAACUUAAAAAUUUGAUUGUGACAAUUUUGUGGGUCAGUAAUGGAAUAUUUGGUCAUUUUAAUGUAAGUACCAUAAAGAACUCAUCUGCAUUAUUUUCUUCAUAACAAAUUAAAUCUUUAAGCUAGCCAAAACAACAAAAAACGUAUCAGACAGCCCCCUUUUUUUUUACAUGAUCACCAUCUUCUGCUUCUUUAUACAGUUUAAUUCAACCAUUCUUGGUGUCCAAUAUUUUAUUAUUUAUUCAUACACAUCUUACAUAAGUAAAUGUUUAAAUGUAACAGGUUACCACCUUAAUAUAUUGUAGUAAAAAUGAUGAACAGAUUCUGCACAUGUUUGCUUUUUUUGUACAGCGACCUGGGAUGACUUUUGUUGUGAAUAAGCACUGUCUAAAUAAACCUAAAUGAACUGAA